AAUUUUUUGUAAAUUUAUUAUUUAAUAAACAUAAACAUUUUAAAACUUAGUAUUUAUAUCAAAUACAAAUAUUAGACAAUAGUCCUGAUAGAAAUUCAUGCAGUGUGACUGAACUUUGGUCUACCUAGUAAUAAUAAUUUCUCUAUAAACACAAAAAAUAAUUUUCUUUUACUGUUAACUGAGUUCAGAUAUUAUACAGCUUGCAUAUUAUAUAAUACAAUAACUGCGAGAAAAACGUUACGUCUUGAUUGGAAUUUUAAAGAGUUUUGCUAUUUAAUUACUAGACACACACACACACACACACACACACACACACACACACACACACACACACACAGAAACCAAUAAAAUUAUCCAAUGACCAAUCAAAAAUUGCACUAAAUUUCUACCAGGGAGGUUAUUAUAUAAAUUAUUGUCAUAUGUACACAAACAUCUAUACAUGGGUGAAUCAUCCAUAUAAUUAUAGUUAUCAGCAUUUAUCACUAAGGAAUAUAGUGUGGAUCUUCUUUUAAAUAUUUUGUCGGUCAUCGGACCUAUAAUAUAUUAUACAUUUUUAUACUUUGCUACACUUGUUAAUGGAAAUAAAGUAAGUUUAUUAAAAAAGAUCAAUUUAUAUAACUACGACUGAUCGAAUUGUAUUACAAUGGAGUACGUUUUGAAACAUUCGAAAGACCAAUAUAAAUUAUCAGUACCUUUUUCUAGAUAAGGGAGCUUAUAGAAAAAGUGCAGUACGAUUGGAAUUCCCUAAAAGAGGAACAAGAACUUAAAAUUAUACACAAUUGCGCUAAUGUCGGCAGAUUCUAUUCAAUCAUUGUGUUAGGUGAGUAAUUAGGUUACAAAACAUUCUGAAUAGUGCGAUCAUGAACUUAAAAUUAAAAUUAAAAUUAAUAAGAAUUAAAAUGUCAUAUAUGUAUGUAUGAUUGCAGUAACGAUAUACACUACAUAUUUUCUUUUUGUAUUAAUAUUUUUUUCACCAAAUAUUCUUGAUAUUAUAAUGCCUUUAAACGAAUCGCGACAAUCACUUUGGCAUCUUUCAUAUGCGAUUGAUAUUUUUAUUGGGCGGGAUAAAUACGUCGAAUUAUUAACAUGGUAUUUGAUCUUGACAUCCUUCAUCGGUAUGACCAUAAUGAUAACUGCGGAAACUUUCAUGCUAAUGAAUGUCCAACACAUAUGUGCAAUGUUUCAAAUCACUAGUUAUCGAAUCGAACGUACUAUAAACAAAAGCCAGAUAAAAUCAUUAGCCUCUUCAAGAAAAUAUAAUUGUCAUAAAAACAUCGUAGAGGCUAUUGAUAGUCAUCGAAAUGCUAUCAAGUUCGUCGAGUUUCUCAAAUCCACUUUUUCAGUUACCAAUUUUUUGGCAAUUCCUAUUGGCGUGGGAUCAUUAAGUAUUAAUCUAUAUCGUCUUUCCGAGCAUGUUAUGGCAAGAGAUAUUAACGGUACAAGCUUAAUGUUUUUACAAGUUUUCCUUCAUUUUUGCUACAUGUUCCUUUGUAACUACAUUGGUCAAGAAAUAAUAGAUCAUAGCGACAAUAUAUUAAAAAAAAUAAGUAAUACUCGAUGGUACGCGACGCCAUUGAAUAUACAAAAAUGUCUCGUGAUGAUAAUACGCCGAAGUAUAAAGACUUCCACAUUGGCGGUCCAUUUUAGUUUAUUCGUUCCAUCUUUGCAAGGCUAUGCUACGCUCGUCAGCUCGUCGUUAUCGUACUUUACGGUAAUUUAUUCUAUGCGCCGAUAGUGACAUGAUGUGAUAAUUAAUAAUUGUGAUUGAUAAGUACUUUGGUGAGAAAAAAAGUGUCGUGAUAGGUAAAAGAUAACAUCUUGGAAACACGUUACUUUUAAAUUUAUUGUGUUUAUAUUUGAAUAUCUUUAUAUUAAAUUAAUCCUAGAAGAUAAAACUAAAUUUUUUAUGCACUUAUGCACAAAAAGUCGACUUACCCUUGUUACAUAAAGUACUAUUUUUAAAAUAUUACCAUUAUUUAUUCUUCUUCAAAUCAUACAACUUUUGUCUAAAACAUUUUUACCUUAUACUGACUUUAGUUUUUGACAUAUUCCGGUGUUUUGUUUUAAGUGCAAUUCUCAUCAUGUAUAAGUAGUAUUUAUUGAUAUAAUGUAAUAUAUAAUAUAUUUAUAUCCGUAAAUAUAUUUAUUAUUUUAUCCUUGCAAAAAUUAAAUUAGAUGAAAGUAAUUUGAAAAUUAUGAUUUCUUUCCCCCUCUUUUGAUUACCCACGAAAAUCAAAAUUAAAAAUUGCCACGAUGUAAAUAGUUUUAGCAUACGCGUUUUAGCAUAUAUAUAACCAUAUAAAAAUAAAAUAAUACAGCUGCAAUUAACCUACUGACUUUACUAUUUAUUUACCUUACAUAAAAUAAAUUAAUAAUAUAAUAUUACAUUAUCGGUAUUAUUCAUUAACUUUUUGAUUGUUUAAUUAUAAGAUGAUAGAAUUACGAUCUUGUUUACUAUUAUACUCACAAUGAUAUUACAAAUUUAAGUUUCUCUAUUGUUACAAAAAAUGAUGACUAACGUGGUCACUUCAUACAGAAAUAUGAAACUGAAGACAUAUGACUUUGGCCAUAGAACAUGAAUGUAAAGCGUUUGCUUCAGACAAAAAGUAAUCAAACUGUGUAUAUUAUUACCCUUAUUAUAUCUUACUGCUUCUAGUGAGAAUGAAUUAUUUACGUACAAUUUAUGGAACUAUUUUCUUUCAUUAUUCUAUGAUAUAUAAUUAUGAUAAAAUUGUCUCUUUCAUCAAUUUUUUAUAUAGCAAUUAUUGCUAUUUUUUUAGCAAAGUUUACAUUUUGCUGUUAUUGUAUAUAGUCUCAGCAUUUUGUAAAAAAAAAAUAUUACGCAAUAUUUAUAGAUAUUAGUAGAAAAACGAUUCUCCAUAUAACUCGACGCAAAAGUUUUCAAAUGUCGCGCAGACAUGGACUUUGCUGGGAAUCGUUACUAUAGAAUUAAUCAAAUACUAUUAACGUGCCUUGGUCUAUGGCCAUAUUAUACACAACGCACGAAAUACAUUUACUGUAUAUUUUUGUUUCUUCUUCUUUUAUCUAAUGUCUUCUUGCAGGUUUGUCGAUAUUCGUACAAAUCUUUAAUAUUUGUUUAGAACUAUUUGUCUAAUGUUCUUAUUAUCCUCAUGAUUCUUUUAAUUAUUUGAUUUGAUAAUUAAUAAUUUGUUAUUAUACAUAUAUAACAUAUUAUUUUAAUUUUAUUAUUUAUUAUUAAACUUUUUGUAAAAAGUAUAAUUUAUAUAUUUUUAAUUUGACAGUUUUUAUUAUUAGUACUUUUUCAUAAUAUUUAUUAUUAAUUUCUAAUAAAUACUAAAAUUUCAAAAUUUAGACGAGGAAAAGGUGAUACUAUGACCCUCAUGAGCAUUAUAACUACCCGUAACAUCUUCAUUAUUAAGCAAAUAAUUUCAGUUGUUAUUUAUGAAAUUAUUUGUUUAGUAAUUCGCAGUUAUGCAUUAGCGCUAAUAUAUCAAUACAUAACAACAUUUGUUAUAAAAAGCAUUUUUCUUUUUGAACGUUUUAAAACUAUUUCAAGAUAUAUUCUUUGAAUUAUUCAUAAUUUAUUUCACGGUAAUAUAUAUGUAUAUUUGAAUGUUUUUGUUAUUUAACAUUUUAUUCGGUUACACAUCUUGAGUUACACAAAAUAACAAGUUACUUAAUAGAAUAUGGAUUUUACUAAUAUAGUUCUCUAAACAUGCUAACAUCUCAGCAGACUUAACAGAAUCUCUUUUUUGAAGUUUUUAUACCAAAGGUUAUUCAAUAAAUCUGAUUAUAGUUCUUUCUAUUACUAAUUAUGGUUUACAUUACAUAUAUUAUAGAUUUUUAGCAUUGCAUUCUGCUGAAGAGAUCAUGUGUACGUGUGUAUAUUUGCAUAUAUUUUGCUUUUUUAUUUUAAUUUAAUAACAAAAUAUUGUGUUUUUUUUACACAAAACCAAUUUUUAAAAUCUAUUUUAGUUAAAAGGAUUAUAUUACUUUCCCUCCUCUUGUUUCUCUUUGAUUACACAGUGUUGUUACAUUUUUAUAAAUACAUUCUAAUUAAAUAUUUUAUAAUUUUGAGUCUAAAAUAAUAUUAUACAUAUAUUGACACGCGCAAAUGAAAAUGUUAAGUUUUUAAUUUAAAAUUUAAUUAUUAACGAAGUUAUUGUAAAAUGUAAAGGAUGAGCUAUAAUAUUACUUUCUACUCUUUAUCGGGUAUAACUCUAUCAGACAAUUUUAUUAUAAGUUAUCGUCGUAUAUAUCACUCAAAUAUUUAUACAUAAAUGAAUAGUAUUUAUAUAAUUCUAGUUAUCGUUGUUUUUCACCGUGGAAUACAGCGUAGAUCUUCUUUUAAAUAUUUGCUCGAUCUUUGGACUUACAAUAUAUUACACAAUUGUAUAUUUUGUUUUGUUUAUUAAUGGCAAUAAAGUAAGUUUGUAAACAACAUCGAUCUCUAUAAUCACGACUGAAUCGUACAACAAUAAAGCACUGAAAAAUUGAAUUUCUCUUUGUACUGAAGAAAUGUAUUUACAUAAAUUAUCAGUAUUUUGUUUUCUAGGUAAGAAAGCUUAUGGAAAAAGUACGGUUUGAUUGGAAUUCUCUGAAAGAAAAAGAGGAACUUAAAAUCAUACAUAAUUGCGCUAAUGUCGGAAGAUUCUAUACAAUUAUUACAUUAAGUGAGUAACAUAAUUAAACUACAAAAUAUUCUCAAUCGUAACGCAAUUAUAAAAUUAAAAUUAUAAUAUUGGAUGAUUGCAGUAUGCUUAUACACAUCAUAUUUCGUGUUUGCAUUUAUAUUGUUUUCGCCAAAUAUUCUUGAUAUCGUGAUGCCAUUAAACGAAUCGCGACAAUCAGUUUGGUAUCUUACGUCCACGAUGAAUUUUUUUAUCGAACGGGAAAAAUAUGUCGGAUUGAUAAUAUUGUAUUUUUUUCUAACAAUCUUCAUUGGUAUUACCACGACGGUAACUGCGGAAACAUUCUUGCUAAUGAAUGCGCAACACAUAUGUGCAAUAUUUCAAAUUACUAGGUAAAUUCUUAAAUAUUAAUAAGAAACUAUAAGUAUAUAUUGCUACGAUUUAAUACAUAAUUGAAUUUUUUUAGUUAUCGUAUCGAACAUUUUAUAAAUAUAUAUAGCCAAUUGAAAUCUUUAAUCUCUUCAAAAAAAUUUAAUAAUGAUAGAAACAUCGUGGAGGUUGUCAAUAGUCAUCGAAAUGCUAUCAAGUUGGUAUUACAAUUUAUAAAGCUCAUAUUAGAUUGCUAAUUGCAAAUUUAAAAAUUAAACACAGUAAAAAAUUUUAUGUUAAAUUUAACACGUUUCAUAUAUCCCAAUCAUCUACUCAAAUUUUUGUGUUAAUUUAACAUAUUAAGGAUAUGUUAAAUAGCAACAUAAAUAUUAUGUUAUAUUUAAUAUAAAAAUAA